AUGAAAAUUAAUCUUGCAAAAAAAAAAAUUAGUAAUCUUAGUACUUUGAAAGCGGAAAUAAACAAUGAAUGGAAUCAAUUACCAAGUAGUCUUGCAGUAAAAUUAGCUGCUAGUGCAGUUAAAGUUAGAAGUCAUGUUCAAAGAACUUCUUAUAAGGUAUCAGAAAAAUUUACCAUUAUUCAAGAAGCAAAAUGGAUUAGUGUUUUGGCUGCCUCACGUCGCUUUGGUAUUGAUCAGUCUAUGGUAUUACGAUGGAAGAAUAAUGAAAAAAAAUUUAAUAAUGUUGUAUCUGAUGGGACAGAAGACAAUUUAUUAUAUAAUUCAGAUCAAGAGAAUAGUAAAAUCGAUGAUAAUGAAGAUUUGUUUAAGGUAGUUGAAGAAGAUAGUUUAUCUGCUGAAGAACUAGAAGAUUAA